UGGUACAACAACUAUUAACUUUUUACUUCCUGGAAGACAAAUGUCUGAAAAGAAGGCUUCAAAGAACAAAAAUGAAGAAGACAAAGACACAUUAGAUGCUGCCAAAUUAUUUGUUGCGGCUAUAGAUUUUGGUACGACGUAUUCUGGAUAUGCAUUUUCAACUAAAAGUCAACCAAACAGCAUUUACACGUGCGACUGGAGAAGGUCUAGUUUACUGUCUAAUAAAGCUCCAACUUCAGUUCUUUUAAAUCAUAAAAAAGAAUUCCUAGCUUUCGGUUAUGACGCAGAAACCAAAUAUAUGUCAUACCUCGAAAACGAAUCGGACGAUGAAGACAGCGAGGAGGAAAAAGAAGCAGUGUAUUAUUUUAGAAGAUUUAAGAUGGCCCUUCACAAUCAGUCGGUAGACAUGGAUUCUCUUAUUAAAGACGAGUCAGGAUUUAAGAUGAAAGCGAUUGAUAUUUUCACUUUUGCCAUUGAAUACUUUAAAGACCAAACAAUUAACAAAUUGAAGCGAACUCUAAAAGACGUUGAUAUAGCAGACAUACAUUAUGUGCUAACUGUUCCAGCUAUAUGGGAGGAUAAGGCCAAAAUGUUCAUGAGAAAGUCAGCGGAAAAGGCUGGGAUAAAGGGAAACCAGCUAACAAUUGCAUUGGAGCCAGAAGCAGCAUCCAUAUAUUGUCAAGAAUUAAGGACGGAUAGAGAGAAUAAAACAAAUAUUACUUUCUCUGAAACAAUCAAGAAGGGCAUGAAAUAUGUAGUGGUGGACCUUGGAGGCGGUACAGCGGAUAUCACAGUCCAUGAAAGACAGCCAGAUGGUUUAUUAGAGGAAGUUGUUCCGCCAAGCGGUGGUGCGUGGGGUGGGACGGCCAUUGAUGAUGCUUAUCUAAGAUUUUUGGAAAAAGUAUUUGGAGAAAAAGUAGUGCAGGAUUUAAAAUUGAAGGAAUUGGUGGACUAUACAGAACUUAUUCACGAAUUUGAAGUUAAAAAACGAUCGAUAAAAACCGAUACGACUACCGAUAUAGUUAUAACAAUGCCUGUCGGUUUGAUGAAUAUAAUUAAGAAACACUGCGGAGGAAUAGAUGCAGCAAUAAAAAAAAUCCCAACAUAGUGA